CCAGCUGGACCAUCACCGGGAGUUUUGUUGGCAGAAUAAAAUCUGUUUAUCCAAAACGUGUGAUGGAGGAGAGAUUAAAAAAUUCAUAUCGCAAGAAUAUUUGAUGAUAAGAAGUUGCAGACAUGGGGACCCGGUCAGCAGCCUACACUCUCAAAUUGUCGAGCCUCCACGAUUAUUACCUGAGGCUGCUCCAUGGAACUCAACCCACACCCUCAGGAUUCGACAUGGCGAAUACUGUGAAGUACUUCUCCCAGACACUCCUCUCGUUGUUAAAAGAAGUGCGUGAAUCACCCCUGGAGAUGAUAAAAUCCCAGAGAUUCGAUACCGAGCGAAUGGCCCUGUACCCAAACCUGGACUACAAACAGCUUUACAACGCCCUGACGCAGCUGAUCGACGUCUCCUCGUGUGUGCACAUCGGCCUAGCCGCAUUCGGUCAAGCCCUGCUGCAGUGCCUAGCGUCUCUGAUGCCUUUCCUGGAGCACGACCUCCUGGACAAUCUGCCAUAUUUGACAGCGAGCUCCAUAUCAGUUCUUCCACCUGAGCUGCACCAGGAAGUCGUUAAUCACCUGUGUUUCUACAUCCUUCCAUUCACGAUUACGAGGAAAACUCUGGACGAGUCCGAGAAUCACGCAAGUCAGUCCGUAUCCGCAGUGAUAAUGAUGGUCUUCCAGUACUCGAGCAAUCCAGCUCAUCAUUGUCAACUUCUGGAGUGUCUGAUGGCCUUGAAGCCAAAUGUUGUCAAGGAUAUCCUGUGUGUGGUGGCGUACGGCACAGCCCCAGCAAAAGCAUCAGCAGCAAAGCUCCUGUUUUACUACUGGCCAACAUUCAAUCAAAAUCUCUUCGAUCGUAGAGCUGUUCUCAUGAAGAUCGCAAAUGAUCUCGCGCCGUUCGUCUGCCAGAGAAACUCCUGCCCCAACUCCGGUAAUGCAGAAGCUGGAAAAGUCUGCUACGAUCAUCGAAUAUCCAUAACAUUUGCCACUGAAUCACCACCGCCCCUCUACCUGUGCAUUGAGUGCGCUAAUGAGAUUCAUAGAGGAUGUCCUAAUGAGACGUUCUACGAUAUUCUUCAUCCCAUGCAGCAGGUGUCCAUGGUCUGCGAGAAUAAGAAUUGUCGAGCCACGGACAAAUCAGCGAUAAGCGUGUGCUUCUCGACGGAGUGCGCGAGUUACAACGGAAAUCAUCCGAUCCGCUACUGCCAACAGUGUCACAACAUCAGACAUAAUAAUCGAAGAGGUGGAGAUCACGUGUUUCAUCUGGCACUUCCUCACAUCUCCGAGAUGGAUAAUCAGACUCAGACCUAUUUGGUGCAGGCCAUUGUCAGCCUGCUUAAGGAGGCAGAACCGCUAAGUAUGGAUUCUAACAGAGAUCCCUCCGAAUUAAAUACUAAUAAGGCCGGCAUAGGAUUCCCAGGGAGUGUUACUGGUGCUAGUGGUAGUGGAGUUGGUGGAAAAAUAGGACUUUGCGAUCCAACGACCCUCGAGGAACGUCAACUACUCGGUCGCUAUGGUGUUUGGCUACUUGUUGGACUUUGUACACCAAAUCGUGAUACACCCAUUGAAAUACUCGGACGUUUAUUAUCAAUGUUAUUUCAUUGGUUUCAUGUCACUGCGUACUCAUUCGAUGGUACUAAAAAAAGCCUUAUGCACCUUAUCUUUUCUGUUGGACAAGCGGAGAGCACUCUAGAGAAACUCAAGACGGAGUACGUGUGCGGAUGGUUGGGUGAAGUUAUGAAGACCCAUUAUCAGGUGUUCAUAUCGUGUUUGCUGCCGCAUCCAGCGGAUUAUGUGAGGGUGGGCGGUCACUGGGAGACCCUGGCCUCGAGGACGUCUCACCUGAAGGACGGCCUCAACAGGCUAUUUUGUUUGGUGCCAUACGAGGUCAUCACGUCCGAGAUAUGGGACUACGUUAUGCCCCACUGGAUGGAGGCAAUGGUCAACGAUGUGCCCGAGAAUGAGCUCCACGAGUUGAAGAUGAUUCUCUGCAAAAUUCUGGACACGGAGAUGAGUCCCCUGGGCUUCGACGCCAAGAAGAUGUACAACUUCGUUGCAAAACGAUUUAUCAAUACCAGCGCAAAUGUCCAGGAGCAAGCCCUCAAUUGGCUGCAGACUCUGACGAUGCUCGAGAUCACUAUUCCUCUGACUCAAUUGUUCUCGAUGUUCAGUGAUGGUGUUGCUGUGAUGAGUACAACGAAUACAGCGGAUUUCAAUGAGAAAACGUACAGAGCAGCGAAGACCAAUGACGAGGAUCCCAACAUGAUAUGUCCAGUUGUGGAGAAUGAAUCUGGACAGUCGACUCCUCUCUCCGACGACAUGGCACCCAUCCAGAGGCACAUGGAGUUCACUACGAAUGCCGAACUCAAUCUGUCCUGCUGUAUUCUGAUGCUUGACGUUCUUCUCAAGCAGAUGGAACUCCAGGACAUCGACAGGCACACGGGUAUCAACACCUGGGUGUGUCGUGACGCGUGUCACCUCAUGAAAUCCAUCGUUGCUGCUAAUUGGAAUGACUGUCACUCGUGCAAAGAGGAGAAUGAGUGCACCUACUGCGAGUCCAGGAUUAUCUGGCAUCAGCUGUGUCUCCAGCUCGUUAUGUACCUCUGCCCGGAGAAUCCAGCUAAUCCACCGGAUGUGAUCGUUGACGAGUCAGCUGAGGAUCACGGCAGGAAGAGUCCACCCGAGUCGUCGAAAAAGGGAGACUCAAAACCGGAUGUCGUUAUAAAUAUGCCUGUAGCUGAGAUGCAUCCUGUAUCCGGUGUUCUAGUUCACAUGCCCCACGUCAGCAAGUUCUUCGAACAGAUCAUGACAGCAACAGUAGAGACAGUUUCUGAGCAACUCGAUCUUGCUGCUAUUUUGCCAGCGGAGAAGGUCAUGUCGGCAGUUGCUCGAGCUGUCACACUGUCUGAGUCGGAUGUCGCGACUGCGACAGCCAACAUCGGCAAGGCCAACAUAAUCGGUGAGGACGAUCAGCCAGUGAGUCCGACGUUGGAAGCCGAUGGCGAUGACUUCUGGCACACGAGUGUUGGAAAAUUCAGGUUCAACAUCGAGGAGCUGCCGGAGCAGCUGCAGUACAUCCACAAACUGUUGAAGGAGAUAGAGACCGUGGAUGCACCCGAUAUUCUCUACUACAUGCUGCAGUGUCUCAACGUCAUGGUCCUCCACGGUGAUGCCUUCACCACAGCCGUCAAGGAUCAUCAGGGGUUCUUCAUCUGGUGUCAGGAAAAUCUUCUCAUCAAGAAUUUAUGGGAGCUGCUGAACGCGGAGCACUCCCACAUAGCUCAGGUGACGGUGCCCCUGCUGCUGCACUGCAUCACCCUUCACUGCGGAACUGAUACAUUCUGGCGGCUCGUCCAGGAGGAAUUCCACAAUUCAGACUGGCGGGUUCGAUUUGUGGCCGUCGAGAGGGUGACCCUCAUAGCGAGAUUCAUGGACUCAACUCCCCUGAGGAGUGUCUUCACUCUGCAAGCGGCCCUGGCGAAUGCCUUCUGCUACCUAAUCAGCAGCAUGGACGACAGCAACGUCUACGUCGCCCAGAGGGCCACCCUCAACCUGGGAACGAUCCACGACACGGCUGUCAGGAGUCUCAUCCUCUGUCUGGAGACACAAUUCGACUCGGUGAUCGUCGACAGGCCGAUGGUCCUUCAAUCUCUCUACCAACUCCACAACAGUUUGAGCGAUCGUAAAAUCCUCACGUGGGAUUUCUUCUUGAAUCGUUUCGACGCCCUCUUCCUCGAGGCCCAAAUCAGUCUCGAAAAGUCCGGUGAUAUAUCCUGCCUGCGAGACCUGAGGAAUACCGACAUGAACAGUGACACGUUCAUGCGAAAAUUACAUCGGGCCCAAGAGGCCCUUUCUCAAUCGGACGGUAGUGGAGCCAGUUCGGUAAAGACACUGAGCGCAAGUUUCGGUACUAAAUGGCCGUACAAGCGGACAAUGUCGGCACCUGCGUCGAUGAUUCCCCGUCAGGAUACCAAACAAGAGAAGGAAAAAAUAUACAGUCGCCAGUACUCGGCGCCAAUAUUGAAGCGGAAGAGCUCGAGAUUUGGUUUGGGUCAGUUGCUGGGGCCAACCCCGCCUAAUAACAGUUUACCAGAUGGUCACGUUCAUUCAUUGAAUAUUGUGGAUGAGGUCGGGGCAUUGCCAGGGUACACUCACAAAAUCGUCGAGCUCGAGGAGGCGGACAAGGAGACGAUGCAUCUCCUUGUCUUUCUCUUCAUGCAGUUCCUGUCGAGGACUGAUCAGGCUUAUCCCACCGAUGAGAAACCCCUCUCGAAGACCCAGGGAAUUGUCCUUCGUCAUCUGUAUCUUCUGCUCGGGUACAACCAGACGGAGAGGGUUUUUCAUCUGUCUCCUCAGAGACUUCGACUGUCUUCGGUUUUCAAUGUUUUCAUGGCUAAUUUACCACAGCUGUUGGAUCAGAAUCAUGUAAUGGGGUGGAUGAUGAUUCCUCCCGUGAUAGCUGUACUUCAACAUUGUCCAUGUCCACCCUCAAAGCUACCACCCAUUGAUCAUCAAUCGGUAUCGUACAGCUUGUGGUAUCUCGAGCCUCAUAUACGACGCUCCUGGCUCAUGUCUUUGUUGGUUGUUCUUUAUAAGUGUCAGUAUGGACAGCAGCCCUGGUGCACGCAGCUCCAAUCAUUGAUUAAAAUCGUUUUAAAUACAUUGGACGCUCAGCAUCACCAAUGCAAGAGAAUUCCACCGAUGGUGGUGAUGGCUGGGCCGCCCUCUCGUUCACGAGACGUUUCCCAGCCAUCUCUUGGGGCUGAGCACGAUUUAAUCGGUGAAAUAGACAGCGAGAGCCCACCAAUGCGCGCGCAAAUAAUUUCCAUUCACCAGAGGAGCCCAGGGCCGACCCUGGGCCAGACCCACACCAUGGAGACUCACUGGGAAGAGUCGGCGUCGCAUUACGCCAACAAGCACACGAGCAAUCCCGAUGAUACGGAGUCCGAGCUCGCUGCAAUACCCGAGAGUCCGAAAUCCGACAGUACUUUGCACAGUGGUUCCCUGGGUGAACUUGAGGACAGUUCAACCCUCGCUGGGCGAAGCGCCUCGAUGAUGAUGAUGAUGACGAGAACGUCGAUGCCAGGGGGUUUUCUGACCCGCAUGGACUCGACACCAGAGCCAGACCGAGUGAAAACCGAAUCGAGGCCUACAUGGUUUCUCGGUAACGAGGAUGAUCCUCACCAGGGUAAACCCUCGGCUCUUCAGAAGAAAUGGAGUGUUCAGGAGGGGGUGAAGAUGAUGGUAGCGAGUACGCUGCUGACUGGUCAGCACGACUUCAAGUCAAAACCUCCAGGAAAGACCCUGAGCAUUCCGGAGAAGGCGGUGCCAUCUCCAGAGGGUCAAGUCGAUCUCAAACAAAGGCCCCCAACAACGAUAACAGCUCUUGUGCCGACGGUUGGAAUCGCGCGUCAAUCAAAACCAGAGUCUCCACCGUUUGAAAAAAUUAGUCCAGUGACACCCAAGUCUGAGCACAUUGAGACACCCGGGGGAAAACACCUGGGGAGACAGAAGAACGUCGAGCAGACCCCACCGUUGACCUCUCCCGUUUCACCCUGUCAGACUUUGACAGCCGGUGGAAGUGAUGACUCGAGUAGUCCAGCUGUCAGUUCGAUCUCAUCCCAGCGAACGUCGACGGAUAAUGGCCAGCACCCGGUGUGGCAUCCACACCAGAUUACAACACCAACGAUGGAGAGGCUCUUGCCAAUAGGAACCACUGCUCGGUCAACCCUGGCCCGGCCAAAUCCAAGGAUUCUGAGGUGUGAUGAAGCUUAUGGCUCUCCUGAAUCUCCACUCUCGAAGAUGGACGUACUGACAGUGAACUCCUCUUUCGAGCAAGACAGCGAGACCUGCGCCUCCAGCGACAUGACGAGCCCCAGGAGUAUGUCGCAACUGGAAUUUCCCAUGCCAGAGAGAUUACUCCCAGUGGGGAUGAGCAGAGAGGGUGUCACUGGUUUAGUGGAGCGUGUGAGACAAGCACUGGGGGUUCCAGAGCUGGAAGACAGUGGUCAGAUCAUCGAACAGGACCACGAGAUCAUUCAGCCCCAAAAUCAGGACAGCGUUGCCUCUGAGAGUCUGUCAGCACCUCUCGUGACAGCAGAUCCACCCUCCAGCAGGUCUGCCAGCCCCAGGAGACUUAUUAAACAGGUGGCACUGGAGUCACCACCGCCUGUCGUGGAGACUGAUGAUUUUUGCUUCAGGGUUCUCGAUCAUGAGAAACGAGGAAGACUGAAGGAUCACGCUAGGGCACAGAGGGACAGACGAAGGGCCUAUCCAAGCACCAGUCACCACGUUAUCGGAUCAACCAGGAGAAUGGACUCCUGGGCUGGGCCCAACACUCAGGGAAAUAUGGAUGCAACUGCUCAACAGGCGUGUCAUGCUGAUUUUAAUCUCAAGCAGAGUACAUUCCGAGUUGGUGAUGAUUGUAUUUAUGACAGGUGCUCUGAGUGUGGCACUGUCAAGGAGGAGUACUCAGACGAGGAGCUCGGCCUUUGCAUCAUCACUCUGGGGACAUUUAUUCAUCGUGAACCAGCACUUGCAGCUCCAUUACUCCCGGAUAUCCUCGGAAUCGUCACCAAAGUCGCUCAGAAUGCCAUGUAUCCCUGGCAGAGCGAAACAAAUUUGCAUCUACCUGGUGGUGCUGUCAGCGUUGCUCAUCAAUUUCUCAGGUGUGUUCUCCAUCAACUCGCACCCAAUGGAAUCUUCAUGCAGAUGUUUCAGACUCACAUCAAUGACGCCACGAGGAUGGAGUUCUUCAGGAGUGUUGCACAGGCACUCGUUGAUUUCAAUGAACUCAAUCCCAUUGCACCACUGCAGCUGCUGCUCGAGACGCUGAAUGGAAAGAAAUCACUUCCCGUGGAUAAUCUACCGAUAAUUCUUCAUAAUGUGGCUUGCUAUUUGGAUUGUCUUCCCCUGGAGGCCGGACUGGGACCUGGGGCUGCCACCUGGAGUGGACUGCUGGCUCAUUUCGAUGGAUUCUUCAGGAGACUGGUACUCAUGCUGGCUUCCAUCGAGGAUAUCACACCUCUUUUGAGGAUCAUGGUGUCGAUCCUGAAGGUACCAGGAAUUCAGCAGACGAAGAGCAUUCUGGAUCCAUUCUCGAAAGUCCUGAGCUACGCAAUCCAGCACUCAAACCUGAAGUACAGCUACUUGACGGACUUGUGCUAUCUCUGUCACAGGGGAUACGUACGGGAGCGUGAUAAGCACUUCCUGGGUCGAACAACGGUGUUCGAGCUGGUGCAAGCGAUGAAAUUCAAGACAACGAUACCAGACAACAAUUUUCUCCUCCUUCUGCAAUUUGUUUUACAGGACGUGGGUGGAGGCCUGCCCUCGACAGUCGUCCUUGAAGGAACUCAGAGUGAAAUUCUACCCCCGAUCUACAACACCAACGCCUCGGAGUCCCUGAGGAAUCAGAUACCGGAGAUCCUGGAUUUUCUCGCGGAUUUCCACACCCUCAGCAAAAUCAAGAGCUACAGCAAGGGUAUGCAGGAGGGCCUCAACGAGGACACCCUCGGUGGCAUUCUCAAGUGCGGAUUCGCUCAGUACUUAUCACUCGAAAUUACACGCGGUAAUAAUCGUGAGAACAGGGCUGUUGCCAGGUAUCUCCCCUGGCUCUACAGUGCACCCUCGAUGGUGCCACAGGGGGCGAGAGAAUAUGUCGAUACAAUCGGCCACAUCAGGCUCCUGUCGUGGAUUUUACUCGGGGCUCUCACCCACACUGCCAUGAGCUCCGGCAACAGCUCUCACAGUCAUGGACCACCUGUUUCCAUCGCCCAACCCAUUCCCCAGGAGGUGUCAUGUCAUAUUGCUGAUCACAUCCAGGUGAUACUCUCUGGAUUUCCUGAGCAGAGCAAGGCCUCAGUCCUCCAGAUGUCCUCACUUUUUCAUGCUUUUAUUCUCUGUCAGCUGUGGACGGUCUAUCUCGAGGAAAUAUCGAAAAACAAUUCCUCUAAUAGUGAGAGCUACAAUGUAACGAUGAAUAUUCUUGUGGAAUUCUGGGGUAAGGUCACCCCAUCGAUCCUCCAGCUCGUGUCGACCUCGAAAGUCCUCGCAGAAAUGGUGAAUCUCCAUUUUCUCAGUCUUCUGGAGGCUCUCCUGGAGUGUCAGUCUGUCCUCCUCAGCAAACUCCUGCCUCUCUGGAGUCCCAUCCUCUACUCCCACCACGCACAGCUCUCCGGGCAUCUCCAGAUGCGCCUCCAGAAUUGCAGGAAUUUUCCUCCCACGCGGAUGGCUGAACAGUUCAUCUCCACGAGACGAGAGUCAAAUUCUGUUUUACUCCGGUGGCUUCAUAGACUUCAGUUUAAAAUGGGACAGAUUGAAAUGCAGUCCUCCACAGUCACAACUCAGUUUUACUCGAUUUAAAUAGACGCGAAGAUUAAUUAAAUUUAUCUUGCGCUUGAGAUG